AUGCGGUCAAGGAUCGCACGUGGUCAGUAUUUCGUCCGAGGGGUAGCGAAGCCCCCAGCUGUCAACAUGAGAAAACUGUUCUACUCCUGCUCGUUGGAGAAUAGUGCCCAGGAAGUUGCUAACAGGUGCGUAUUUGCGCAUUCUAAUCGUGAUGGAAGGAAUAUUGGAGAGAACAUCUACCGAUUCAGGAGACAACAGUCAACCCCCCUUCCAAUCGAAGGGACCGGUUACGAUGCUUGUAAAGCUUGGGAAGUUGAAUUUGAGAGCUUUGGUUGGCCAGGUCUUCAAUUCACGCACUACAGUUUGACAAUAGGUAUCGGCCACGCUACCCAGAUGGCCUGGUGGAAGACUUCGAUGAUCGGCUGCGGUGUGCAGCAGUGCUUUGACGGAACUCGGCAAAUCAUCCUUGUGGUGUGCCACUAUCAAGAUACCGGAAACUGGUUUGAUGAGGACAUCUACAAGUCUGGUCCUACCUGCUCCGAAUGUGGCGAUGGCUACAGAUGUGAAUCGUCAACCGGGCUUUGUAUUCUUUGA